CAUCACUGUCACUGGUGGACCAGUGAUACUGCAGAGUCCUGUCCUCCCUGUGACGGAGGGAGAAGACCUCACUCUGACCUGUAAAACAAAGAGGUCCUCCAACCUCCCAGCUGGUUUCUAUAAAGAUGCCUCCUUCAUUGGGAAUGAACCUGCAGGUCACAUGACCAUCCCCAAUGAAUACCUCUACAACUGGGUCCCUGUCACAGUUCUGACCUCACUGCUGAGCAGCACAACAAACCAAGCCUCUCUGACUGUGAGACCCAGCAGCUCUCAGAUGUUUGAAGGACAGUCUGUCUCUCUGAGCUGUGAGGAGGACAACAGCUCUGCUGGAUGGACUCUGAGGAGGAACACAACCAGAGAAACCAGGACUCAGUGUGGAGAUGGCUGGGGAAGACCUGCUGGUUCUUCCUGUAACAUCAGCUACAUGGUCUCACGGUACAGUGGAGUUUACUGGUGUGAGUCCAGAGAGGGAGCAACCAGUAACAGCAUCAACAUCACUGUCACUGGUGGACCAGUGAUCCUGCAGAGUCCUGUCCUCCCUGUGAUGGAGGGAGAAGACCUCACUCUGACCUGUAAAACAAAGACGUCCUCCAACCUCCCAGCUGGUUUCUAUAAAGAUGGCUCCUUCAUCAGGACUGAGCCUGCAGGUCACAUGACCAUCCACCAUGUUUCCAGGUCUGAUGAAGGCCUCUACAAGUGUCUCAUCAGCAGUGUUGGAGAGUCUCCACCCAGCUGGGUCUCUGUCACAGGUGAGGAGGUUACCUUUGAUUUCAGGAGUUCAUUCAUCCAGAUAUUCACCUGACAGCUGAUUCUCUCUACAGAGAAACCUCCAACUACAGACCCACCAACCUCAGACCACCUCCCCCUUGUGUUCAGAGUAGUCGUCCACCUGGUGGUGUUCUGUCCGUACUGCAUCUCCACUUUCAUCAUGGUGUCUUUAUAUCGAGGCAGGACCACAGGAAAUGGCCUACCUGUUGCCAUGGUGAUGACCUCGCCCACCCAGGCUGAGGAGGGAUUGGAUGAUGAAUAUGAGAAUGACAUCACCGCUGUCACCAGAGAGCAUCACUUCUGAACUGAUCAGAAAAGAAGCUGAAAUCUCCGUAGAUCAGAAACAGUUCCCCGGCCGUCUUGAUAUAAUUAUGAUUUAAACAUAUUCAAUAUGAAGUCAUUGCUCCUUUACUGCCAGCCACAGCUAUCUCUGUAAUCCUGAAUAUUUUACAUUAUAAGAAUAAAGCUUUUUUUUCCCGUAGUUUUUCAUGAAA